AUGCGUUCCCGUAGACAAAUCGAGUUUUUGGUGUUGGCAGUGUUCCUGCUCUGCUCCUGGUAUCUCUUUGACGCCCACUUCAAUGUCGCCGAAAGAGGACCGGCCGAGCCCAGCGUGGAUGAAAAGCCAUGGCAAUACGAGGCAACGGAAGCAGAAGACAAGCAAGAGAUAUUUGAGCAAGAGCAUGCGAAUGCAGGCGCGAAAGAGAAAAUGUCAUCGACUUCCACCACCUUUCAACAGAUGAGCACAUCGACGCAAAGUAAUGCUGUCGCGACACCUACUCCAUCCCUGCCUGAUCGCGUCGUGGUAAUGGCAAAGCUUCCCACCGACGAAACAGAUUGGGUGCAUACCGAUCUACCAGACUGGCAAGCAGCCAUUUACGACAUCGACAUAGAAACUCCAUACAACAUAUCAACGCUGGAUCCGAUGACCAACAGCACUCUACGGACCCUCCGAAACAAAGGAAUGGAAGCGAAUGCAUACCUCGCGUACAUCGUGCAAAACUACGACAACCUACCUUCAACAAUCGCGUUCAUUCAUCCGCACAAAGAUGGCUACCCGAUCGCGUGGCACACCGACAACCAGGAGCAUUCCAACGUCGUCUCUCUGCAAAGUCUCAACUUCAACUUCAUCCAGAGCAACGGCUACGCGAAUCUGCGUUGUGUCAACGAUCCCGGCUGUCCGCACGAAGUGAUGCCUUUCCGAGAUCCGCCUGAGGAGCAUCGAACGAUCGAGGCAGCGAUGCCGGACGCGUGGCGAGACCUGUUCAACAAUACGGAUGUACCGCACAUCCUGGCAACGCCUUGCUGUGCGCAGUUUGCCGUGUCGAGUAAGCAAGUGCGGCAACGGCCACUGGACGAGUACCAGAAGUAUUACACGUGGCUGAUGGAAACGCCACUGAAGGACGAGACAAGCGGGAGGGUGUUCGAGUACCUUUGGCACAUUCUGUUUGGGCAGGAGCCCGUUUAG